GUCAGAGAGAGGUGUGCCCAAGCAGACUGAACUGACUGACUGACUGAAGAGCGGUGUGCAUGCAAACUGGGAUGAGUAAAACGCACUGGGCGGCUUAGCUGUUGAUACAGCCGGAGAGAGUGUGUGUGCACGAAAGCGAGUGAGAGAGAGAGAGAGAGAGAGCGCGAGAGAGAGAGAGAGCGAGAGAGAGAGAGAGAGGGUGUGAGAGAAGAAGUGAAAGGGAGAAAAAAAGGAAAGAAAGAAGGAAAACAGAGAGAAGGAAAGGGAGGAUACUACAACUACAACUAUGCUGUGCUGCAUAAGAAGAACCAAACCGGUGGAGAAAAAUGAAGAGGCGGACCAGAAGAUUGAACAGGAUGGUACCGCCAACAAACCUGAGGACAAGGCCCACAAGGCUGCGACCAAAAUACAGGCCAGCUUCCGUGGACACAUAACUCGGAAAAAGAUGAAAGAUGGCGAGGAGGAGGAGAAGGAGGGAGACAAUCCCGCUGUUCCAGAGGAGGCGACAGAGGGUGGAGAGGAGGCGAAGAAAGUGGACGGAGAGGAGGCAUCCGCAAAGGAGGAGGAAGCUGCAGGAGAGGAGGGCAAGAAAGAGGAGGAGACAAGCCAAGCCAAAAGCCCUGUGGCGGACAAGCCAACUAACUCCCCAGCCGCUGCUGCCACCUCUCCUACAGGCGCAGCCACGUCUCCUGUAGCAGCAGCCCCGGCAGCGGCCUCUCCCACAGCCGCAGCACCCUCUGAACCCCAGAAAGAGGAGCCCAAGGUGGAGGAGAAGACCAAGGAGAAGCCCAAAGAGGUGGAGGCCCCAGCAGCAGCGGCCAAGAGCCCCACCACAGCCACAGCUGACGAGAAAAAGGAGGAGGAGAAGAGUGGAGAGAAGGAGGAUGAGGCCAGACAAGCCGACGUGCCUGCUGCUGUCAGCCCGACAGCUGAGAAGGAGGAGCCCAACCAAACAAAAGAUAAACAAGAUGCUGCAGAGGAGUCUAAAGCAGAGGAGGCUGCCCCGGCAGAUGCAGCGGAGGCCGCCGAGUCCAAGGAUGACUAAGAGAAAGUUUAAAGUAGAGAAAGAAGAAUUAAGUAUGAUGAAUAACACAAAAACAAAAAUCUAAAAAGGUUGCUCUUUGCCUUCCCAAUGUGAGGGCAGUCCGUUUCUAUUUGUUUGUCAUUUUUUGUGUGGCAAUGAUUUUCUCAUGUUGGGGGAGUUUCCAGCGUGAAGUUUUUUGGCUCAAGCUAAUACUGUGAGGAAGUGGUGAUAAUGAUGAUAACGAUGAUGCUGAUGAAAACAUGAUGAUUAGUACGCUGAUGAUGAGGAUAUGAUUUGGUACGAUUUCACUAUUUAUUGUGAGUGAAUCAGUGGUCGAAUGAAUGCGCCUAACUGGAUAUUUACACAUUUAACAUGCAUUGCAAAUGUAUUGUACCUUAUUUCCAUUGCAAUGCACUUUCUUUAAACACAUUUUGCAUAUGAAAUCUGUACUUCUGCAAAUGCACGCACAAAAAAACCCUGGUUUUGAAAUGCAAUUCUAGUUUUCGGUGCCAUACGAGUGCACUGGAAGCGCAUCAAAUCGGUAAUGCACUGACAACAUAUAGGAUGGAUAACAGAAUGUAUUACUAAAUGUGUAACAUUUCCAGUUGGGCAGCUCUUUCCUGAAUCCAAAACUAUUACUCUCUCUAUUCUGCUUGAGUCGUUCAGGCUUGGUUUACACCCCUUUUAGAAACUCUCUUUACUCACAUUUACAGUAACGGACCUGUGGCCAUUUUAAUAACAUAAUCACAUAAUAAAAUAUGGAAAUCAGCUAUAAUAUUGAUGUAACUGGCCUUUACUUGGCGAUCUGGGUUCUGCAAAAUGAACAUGAGAACAGUAGCAUGAACCAUCGAACCAGAUGCAUGAUGGGAACUCUCCCUCUGAGAGGAACUUUUUCGCAGUCACAAAAACUUAAGAGGUGUGGCGGCUUCUUUUUGAUGUCUUUGGUGUUGUUAUGACAGUUUGAUAUGAAUUGGAAAAAUACUCUUGCACUGAUGUUAACAAAAAAAAAAAGUAAAAGAAAAUCAUUACAAAUGAGCAAACAAAAAAAAUACUUUUCCUAUGUUCCAGUGAGUGCAAUGUCCAGUUUCAACCUUAUCAAGGAGUUAAAACUUGUGAGAAAAAAAAAUAUGAAAAAAUAAAAAUGGUUUCAAUGUCUGUUUUCAAAAUAAAGCAAAUGUGCCAAUUACCAUCA